AUGGGCUGUCAAAAUGAAAGCUUUCCUCUGUGGCAGUAUGUGGAAGAAAACAGGCAGCCACCUCCUCUUGGACAAAAUCCCACGUUGAACCAAAUGAGGUUGCAUAGGAAAGAAACAGCCAAAGCUCUCAGAGCCCUCUCUCAUAUACAUGCAGCUGUGACUGACCUUGUAUUUACAAGGAUCAUGGCAUACAAAAACCCCAAAGAAGCAUGGGAUAAACUGAGAGAGGAAUACAUGGGUAGCACCACCAUAAGGAACAUGCAGGUGCUUAAUCUAAGGAGAGAAUUUGAGAUGCAAAGGAUGCAGGAAGAUGAAAAAGUAAAGGAUUAUGUUGAUAGACUAAUGAGUGUUAUCAACAAAAUCAGACUAAUAGGAGUGGAGUUAACAGAUCGAAGGGUUAUGGAAAAGGUUUCGGUGAGUCUGCUUGAGAGAUUUGAGUCCAAAAUCUCCUCCCUAGAGGACUCUAAAGACAUGACUCAGAUCACAUUGACUGAGCUUGUCCAUGCUCUCCAAGCUCAAGAGCAAAUAAGGCUCUUGAGGCAAGAAGACACUAGUGAGGGUGCAUUGGUUGCAAGCUAUAAAGGCAAACCUGCACAAGGACAAACAAAAAAGUAUGUUGGAGAUAGAAAGGGGAAAGAGAAGAGUAGUAACCAGUGGGAAAAACCUGGUGGAGUGAAAGAAUUUCCAGCCUGCACUCACUGUAAAAGGAAAGGACAUCCAAAGAGGAGAUGCUGGUUCAAACCAGGCAUACAGUGCAAAAGUUGCAAGCAAUUUCGGCAUAUUGAUAGUGUUUGUAAGAACAAAGGAAGCCAACCAACACAGCAAGCAAAGGUUGGGGAAGAUCAACAACAAUGUCAGGAGGCUGAGCAACCUUUUAUGGCCACUUGUUACAGGCACAAACCAACAAUGAAGCUUGGUUAA